GGAAACCAGUAUAGCAAGCGCUGCUUAGCCGGUCUUCCGGACCGUUGGCUUACUAACUGGCUACGCUAUCGGACUGACAGGCGUCGUCGUCAUCGUCAUCGUCGGAUUGGAGCGAGCAGCGAGCGGCAUUCAGUGUUCGCGGGCGUCUUUGCAGCGCAGCAAAUGAUCACAUAAUCACCUCGUACCUAGUCGUUCACGCACUUUGUUUGUGGUUGGUCGCGCGUACAAUUCGUUCGCAGUGUUUCGAAUCGACGGGUGAAUUUACUGUGUGUGGUGGCUACCUCGAAGAAUUGACAACGCGCUUAGACGAGUGUAAACGCCGCCGUCGUGUUAACGCUUCCAAUUGCGCGAUUUUCGCGGCGGAUUUUGAUUGCAAUUUUAAUAAAAAAAUAAAGCUUGGCUGAUUAAAAUAUUAAGAGAGUAAAAAACGUGAAUUAUCUUUUAAAAAAUUCAGCUGCAAUCAACUGAAGACCGAGGUGAAUUUUGAAAUGCUCCUAAUCUUGAAAUAGUGCAUUUAAGUUCAAAAUACAUAAAAAAAGAAGAAAAGAAAAAUUAGUGAUUUGCUUGACUUAAAAAUAUACCGAAGGACGGAUACAGGACAGAAAAAGUACGUGCUGAUCUUAAUUAAAAACCUAUGACAAAAAAAAAAUCGAUUUUUUAUUUAAAAUAAAUUAAAACAAAAUAUUUCGAACAAAGAAGUUUUUUUACACUCCAAUCAAAAAACCUAAAAGUAGUCAAAAAAAGUAAAAAAAAAUAAUAACGCUGGUUCCAUAAAAUUAACUUAACACAAAAGACACAGGGAACUGGAUGAUUUGAAAAAAGUUCGUUUAAGUGAUUUGAUAAGAUAUUUCCAAAACCAAAAUAGGAGGAAAAGAGUAAACUAAAAAAGGUACUUCACUUAAUAAAAUUUCAUUCACCAAGUGCUUAAUUCUGCGGUUUAACACAAAACUAUUUGGCCUCAAAAAAAAUUUAAUCGACUAUCAGAAACAAUUAAAAUCGCUGCAAAAAGUCACGUGCCCAGCCAAAUCAACAGCCCUCCCCUCACAACAAGCAGCCAACCAACCACAUAGUUUGCCGCCCACGCCAAAAUCAAGGCACGCACUCACACACACUCGCCCAUAAACGUCAAGAAACUUUCGUUGAAGAGCGUUCGCGAUCGCCACCGCCACCGCCGCCGUCGCCGUCGCGCAGCAAAUCGCUAAUUGCAAUGCAGAAAGUAAAAUGACACAAAUUAUACGCUAAUUAAAAGUGUUGUUGGAAAAGUAGUUUGGUGGCUUGUGGCGGCACUGUUGUUGCAAUUGAAAAAUACGCUGUUCGAAAAAAAAUUGAUUCACUUUCGUCUUAACGUGCGUGUGUCAUUGUUUACGAUAAAAAAAAAAGAAACAGUAAGGAACGACUAGAAAGUAAGAACAACAAUAACAAUAACAGUAAAGUCAUCAGCAAGGAAAAUAACUUCAUAAAAGAGGAAAAUAUCGACACACUUACAUUUUCUUUAUUUCGAAAAAUUGUUUGCGGUUUUGUGCUUAUUUCUCCAUAUCCGACAAAUGCGAAGAUUCCGGCUUACGCGUCAAUGGCAAAGGCAAGAAAAUGCGCAAACCACGCACAAUAUACAGUUCAUUGCAAUUACAACAAUUAAAUCGACGAUUCCAGCGUACCCAGUAUUUAGCGCUGCCAGAGCGAGCCGAAUUAGCGGCGAGUCUGGGUCUGACGCAAACGCAGGUGAAAAUCUGGUUCCAGAAUCGACGUUCUAAGUACAAAAAAAUGAUGAAAGCUGCGCAAGCGCCUGGUACCGGCGGCGGUAUGCCAUUGGGUGGUGGCGGUCCAAAUCCUGGUCAACAUAGUCCAAAUCAAAAUAUGCACAGUGGCGGUAAUAACGGCGGUGGCUCCAAUAGCGGCUCACCAUCACAUUAUCUACCUCCCGGACAUAGUCCGACGCCAUCAAGUACACCUGUGUCCGAAUUAUCACCUGAAUUCCCUCCAACGGGUCUUAGUCCGCCUACGCAAGCGCCAUGGGACCAGAAACCGCAUUGGAUCGAUCACAAACCACCGCAAAUGACGCCGCAACCACCUCAUCCAGCGCCGCCACAUCCGCAAACGCAUCAUCACAAUCCGCCACCGCAAAUGGGCGGCUAUGUACCGCCACAAUAUUGGUAUCAGCCCGAGACGAAUCCGUCGUUAUUAACGUGA